AUGGAGCCCUUGACUUUUGCUGAAGUUCAAGAAGAGUUGAAAAAGCCGGAAGUCACAUUGGUGGACGUGCGACCUGACGAGGAAAUCAAGACGGAUGGAAAAAUCGAACAAUCAAAGAAUAUUCCGAUUGGCGACCUCCCGGCCGCAUUGGAAUUAAGCGAUGCUGAAUUUGAAGAAAAGUAUGGAUUUCCUAAACCAGGGAAGGAUUCACGGGUUAUCACACACUGCAAAGCAGGGAUGCGAGGUCAAAGAGCGGCGACCGCUUUCAAAGAGGCGGGCUUCAGUAAUGUUGGUGUCUACUCGGGCAUCGCGGACUGGAAAAAUAACGGGGGACCAGUUGUCUAA